AGUCAUCGCACUCAGGCUAGCGGUCGCCGGUGAUUAGGCCUAGCCGUUGCGUAGCCUUGGUGCCUACUGACUGUCCUGUCUCCUGAGCUGAGUCCUACCACCAGGGAGUUCUCCUGGUCCUACUACUGCCUUAUGCCUAGCCUUAGUAGCCUAGUACUGCACAAUGGCAGAUCCUAGUGGUGUGCAGAAUCGAUAUGUGGAAACCUGUAAAGAACUUGAAUUAAAACCUCACAAAUUCAUCUUGAAAGUACUGGAUACUGAGCGACAAGAGCAAAUUAUGAGAGCUAAAAGAAAUGAAGAUCCACAAGACAACAUGGAACUCAAGUUGCCUGGCAACAACCUUUUCACAAAUACCACUGGUAGGCUUCGUGAUGAGGAUGCCUUGGUUCUGUAUAAAUCACUCGCUAACAGUAUGUACGUGACAGAAAUUGACUUGCGGUACAACAAUAUGACAGAUGAGGGCGCCAAAUAUAUUGGAAAAUUGAUCGAGGAAUCCUGUGCUCUUCAACAGCUGAACAUUAUGUGUAAUGACAUUGGUCCAGUGGGUGCUGAGUACAUUGCUACCGGAGUCCAGAUGAACCACACAUUGAUCUCGCUGCGGUUGAAUGGGAACAAGAUUGGAAGCAAAGGAGGAAUGUGUUUUGCCGGAGUACUCCAGGUAAACACCGUACUAGAGGAACUUGAUCUAGGUGACACAGACCAGGAUACUCAGAGUAUGAUAGCCAUGGCAACUGUCCUAAAACAGAAUUCCACACUGAGGGUGCUAAAUAUGAACCGCCCUCUAUUGUUCAGUCAGCAAGAAGAGACUACAGUCCACUAUUCUCUGAUGCUAAAGGUCAACAAUGCCCUGCAGGAACUUCAUUUGCAGAAGUGUGACAUCAAGGAUUUUGGAGCAGAGCGCCUGGUUGAUAAUCUCAUAGAAAAUAUUGGCCUGAAGUAUUUGGACCUCAGCUGCAAUCGUAUCACAAGAGAUGGCGCUCUUGCAAUUUCAAAAUUAUUGAAGCGCAACACUCCACUUGAGAUACUUGAUCUGGGAUUCAAUCGGAUUGAAGAUGAUGGCGCUGUUUCAAUCAGUGAGGCACUCAUCGACCUCAACAGGACUCUAAAAACCCUUGUCAUCACAAGUAAUAACAUCAGAGCACCAGGUCUUGUUGCUAUUGCCCGUAGCAUGCACACCAACGACUGCCUGCAGAGUGUCUUUAUCUGGGGUAACCAUCUUGAGGAACCGGCCUGUGUGGCAUUCCAUGAACUAAUCAAAUCCGAGAGACUGGAGGAAGAAUAUACAGAUGUAAAGUCAUAUGUAGUUGAUGGACAUACAUACUUAUCAGAGUUGAACCAUGGAAUUCGACGGCAUUACUACUGGUCACCGUCCUAUGGCCCAGAUGCAAGUUUGGCAAUCUAUUAAUUGUUCACAUUUCUGGUGCAGUUUCACAUUAAUGAUAAUAAUAUGUAUGUAUGUAUGUA